AUGAAAAACAAAUACAAUAAAUUGUCUCCUAUUGAUCAAUCCAAAUCAUUUAAACCUGAACUACUUAAUGAAGAAUCUCUCAAAAUGAAUAUCUUAAAAUAAAAAAUUAUUCACGAACGAUCAUCCCUUCUAUAAAGAGAUGGAGAACUAAGAAAAGUUUCACAAGAACUCCAUAACAGAAUCUUAAAUUAAAGACUUAAUUUCAAUAAACCUCUUAAAUUUGCCUAAUUUGUUAUUCAUUAACCAUAAAAUGAAUCUAAAAAAGACUCUUAUCCUUCUCUUAAUAUUGUUAAAAAAGAAUAACAAUUACAAUUAGAAUUAUCAAAAAGAGAUAUUAGUUAAUUUGCUAGCUAUGAAUAAGAAUAAGAUAAAUCUCAAUUAUUUGAUAAAUAACCUAUUAAUAAGAAAAAAUUAAAAAUGAAAUAUCGAGACAUUGUAAAAUCAAUUCUCAUUAAAUCUAUUGCUUAAUCAUUCCAUGAUGAUUCAAUUAAUGUCAUCAAUUAUCAUCCAAAACCUAAAUCUAUAUCCAUCAAUGAAUAAACUAUUUUACCCACUCAUAAUUGUUCUAUUAAACCUAUUGAUUAAUAUAUUCUUAACAAAUUAGAAAAUAUUGCACAAAACUCACUUGAUAAUAGUUAUAUGCCUCCUCUUACUCAAAAUGAAAUCAAAACAUCUACUCAAAAGAACUCUAUACUAAAAUUAAUUCCUAUUACUACUGCUACAACUGAAACUUCAAAAAUUAAAAGAGGCAGAUAAUAAGAUGAUUUUUCUAAUACUAAAUUAAUCCAAGAAUUCAAAAAUGAAAGUUGUGUUAAAAACUAUGAAAUUACAAGAAAAGCUUAAGAAAGAAUUACUUUGUAUUAAAAAAUUCUUAAACUCUAAAAUGAAUCAAGAUCAUAGAGUCAAAGUUCUUUUAUCAAAAAAAAGAAUAUAAAUCCUAUUCAAAAUAAGUUUAAUAAUUGA